AUGGAUGAGACAGAGGAAGAAGCUCCUACUUACGUGCCUGGCAUGCUGGGUAACAUACCAAAUCAUAUCCCGUACUGUUACUCACCAAUGGGACCUCCUGCUCCACCAAUGGCACCUCUUGCUCCAUCAAUGGGACCUCCUGCUCCAUCAAUGGAGCCACCUGCUCCAUCAAUGCCUGCUCCACCCAGGGGGAUCAUGGGAAGGCGUGCUAUGCCUUGGGUUACUACCUCAAUGCACGUCCCGCCUCCGUUGUACCCGCGGCAGUUCGGUUGGUAUGCUGCUGGCGAUAAUCCAUAUGCUACUAGAGGGAGCAGUGGGCAGGGUAGCGGUGAUCCUCAAAGGUGGUAA